GAGUCUCCACAGUCAGUGCCUGCGGCCAGCUGAGAGACUGAGUGACCUUCAGUGUUUGUAAACAGAUACACGUUGUCGUUGCAAGGUGCUGUGCUUAAAAUUUGCAGCCGAUACGAGUGCGCGAAAAAGUUCCUUUAAUUGUGCCAAUCAGUUUAAGACAGAGGGAUCAUGGAGGUAGAACAGAUGUGCAUCGUAGAAAACGAGGUGGAGGGCUCUCGUGGUGACCGGAAAGAGGGGGGCAAGCGAGGACGUAAGCCCGGAAGGAAGGCGUCUGACAAGACGGACAUGAAAGCGAAGCUCGGGAUGCAGAGAAAGCGACACGAAGCUAUAGAACGAAGCCGGCAGAGCGCUAGGGAGUGCCGAGCUCGUAAAAAGCUCAGAUAUCAGUAUCUCGAGGAGCUUGUCGCUGAUAGAGAAAAGGCCGUCAUCGCCCUCCGUAAAGAGCUCGACAUGUAUCGCUCGUGGGGUUCUGAAUUGGAUGCAGGCCGAGUUCCUGAUGGAAUACAAGCCAUGUUGGAGGAACUUGGAGCCCUCAAAAGAGAGGCGAACAACAACUAGCAAGAAGACAAGUGUCUAGCGGCAGGAGUUCCAAAACCCUUUGUUUUAUAUUUUAAUGUGUCCAUAUUUUAAAAUCGUGUGUUUUUAUUCAUAAAGUCUUCACGACAUACUUUCCGCUCGUUCUUCCGUAUUAUAAUAAUCAGUAGAUGCCUAUCGAAGGUAAACGAAAAUUUCUUCUGAAUAACUUUUAAUUAUUUAAAAUUUGGGUCUACAAGUACCUGAAGCUGAAUUAUAACUCCAGUCUCUCCUAGUAUCUUACUCUCUAAGAGCUCUGUAUCAGAGAUCUCUCGACUAGUAGAUUUAGUUUUACUUACGAAAAGAUUAGAGGCUCUGAUCCGUUGUUUUCAGUUGAUUUUGUCUGUUAACUCUGGACGCGCAAGAACGCUUUAAUCGAAACAAAGUUUGUUUGGGAGUCAAAUAGUUUAUUUUUGGUUAUUUAAUCAAAAAUAUCGACAGGAUUACGCUUUUAGGAUUCUUCCUUCGGUGAAACAUCGGAGGUACGGUCUCUUUUACUGAUUAACUCAUCAAAAAUGUCGUUUGAAAAGUAAUAGAAUAAACACUGUUGUAAAGAAUCUAAACAAUCAUUUCGAAACAUAUGUAAAACUAGGAAGUAAGUCUUGUCUUUGUUCUGUUACUUUUCAGCCAAUGUGUUGUAAUUAUUGUACCAUUCUUGUAAUACAAAUAAAGUCUUAUGUUGUACAUUGUAAAAUAAACUUAUAUUAUCUGUUCCAAAA